AGAUGCAGCUGGAAAUGACAGCAGAGAGAGAGAGCCCAGCUGAGGAGUGAUCAGAGCAUCAUCAGCACAGAGAGUCAUCACCAUGGGAAACUGCUGCGAGAGGGCAGGGAAUUUUUUUGGCCCCCAGAAGAACACCAACGUGCGUGUUAGUCUGCCGGCCGUCUGCUUCGUCUGGCAGAUUGCUAUGAUUGUGCUGUUUGGAGUUUUCAUUCGGUAUGAUGAGGAGUCAGACGCACACUGGGUGGUGUACAAAAAGGACCACAACGUCACCGACAUUGAAAAUGACUUCUACUUCAGAUAUCCCAGCUUCCAGGACGUCCACGUCAUGAUCUUCGUUGGCUUUGGCUUCCUCAUGACCUUCCUGAAACGCUACAGCUUUGGCGGUGUGGGCUUCAACUUCCUGAUCGCUGCCUUUGGUCUGCAGUGGGCUCUCCUCAUGCAAGGCUGGUUCCACUCUCUCGACCACACCACCGGAAAAAUCUACAUUGGAGUUGAGAGUCUGAUCAACGCAGACUUCUGCUGUGCCGGCUCUCUGAUCGCCUACGGUGCCCUCCUGGGGAAAGUGAGCCCCGUCCAGCUGAUGGUUGUCACCUUGUUUGGCGUCACGCUGUUUGCUGUGGAGGAAUACAUCAUCCUCGACCUCCUUCAUUGCAGAGAUGCUGGCGGCUCCAUGGUCAUUCACGCCUUCGGAGGGUACUAUGGUCUGGCCAUCUCCUGGGUCCUCUACCGACCAAACCUAAACCAAAGUAAACGACUCAAUGGAUCUGUCUACCACUCUGAUAUGUUCGCCAUGAUUGGUACACUGUUCCUGUGGAUGUUCUGGCCCAGUUUCAACUCAGCCAUCACAGACCACGGUGACGGACAGCACAGAGCAGCCAUUAACACUUACAUCGCCCUGGCCUCCUCCGUGCUCACCACUGUGGCCAUCUCCAGCAUGUCUCAGAAGGGAGGAAAACUAGACAUGGUGCAUAUCCAAAAUGCCACUCUGGCUGGUGGCGUUGCCAUGGGAACGGCAGCAGAGUUCAUGAUCACUCCUUAUGGGUCACUCAUUGUGGGUUUCUGCUGUGGAAUCAUCUCCACCUUUGGCUACCUGUUUAUCACGCCUUUCUUAGAGAAAUACCUCAAGCUCCAGGAUACAUGUGGUGUCCACAACCUGCAUGCUGUGCCAGGGAUGCUUGGUGGCUUCAUAGGUGCCAUCGUUGCUGCAGCAGCUGAUGAAUCUGUCUAUAGUAAAGAAGGGUUGAUCAACGUGUUUGACUUUGAAGGAGACUUUGCAAACAGAUCUCCAGGAACACAGGGAGGCUUCCAGGCUGCUGGCACAUGUGUUUCCAUCGCAUUUGGACUUGUUGGAGGCGCAAUUGUUGGUUUCAUCCUGAAGUUCCCGAUCUGGGGCGACCCUGCUGAUGACAACUGCUUCGAUGAUGAAGUUUACUGGGAGGUUCCUGAGGAUGAGGAGACCAUCCCUCCUGUUUUGGAGUACAACAACCACAUGAUACACAAGCACCAAGAAAUAUCUGAGUCAAACUUCUCUGUGGAGCAAAGUUAGAGCUGCACAAUGGACGAUCAACCCCUUUAUAUCACUUUGAACUUGAUACUAGCUGUGAAAUAGCACAAAUGAAUGAAGGAACCACCCUCAAAAUGGGCAAUUUUUCAAGAGAGGAACAAUAUUUUUGACACGCUCUGCAACUCUUAUCUCACAACAUUUAUAUAAACCCAAUACAUUUGCCCAGCACCUUUGUCUAUUCUUGGAAGCUCGAGGAUAUGAUGACACUGUACAAAAUAUUGAUCAAAUAUCAUUAAUGAGAAAAUAAUUCUGAAUAAAAACACAUUUUACUCUUGAAAGAAAUUUUAAACUGCAUUUACUUUCUUUUUAAAUUUGGCAGAAUUUUUAUAUAAUUUGCAGAUGUUAAAUGACUGGAAAAUGUCAAAUAUGGGGUCUAAGCAGUAUGAGAUGAGACAAUCUGUUUAUGUUGUGUAAGCUAAUAAUGCCGAACAAAAGAACUGAGAGCUUUUGUUAUUAUUAUGAGUUUGGAAAUGCAUUACUGUCUGCAUCAGUUAGAGUACAUCUGUUCUCUUAAAGGGCUAUAAAAAGCUCUGAAUUCUUUAAUGAAAUAACUUUUAAUUGUUGAAUAUUGAUAAUGUUUGCCCUUUUAUUUCUUUUAAAGAGUUGAAACACAGUAUAUUGUGUUAUGCAUAAAAAAACAUGUUUAAUAAUCAGAGGUAUUUGUGCUGCCAGAGCAGUUUUUGAGUACGCUAUCUUACUUAAUUAUUUCUUGCAAAUUAUGUAUAGGUCUUUGUAAGUUGUAUGUACAAAUGAAUCCACUUUUUGUUUGUUAUUGCUUGUUCUUAAGAUGAAUAUUUUGAAUAACUAUAGUAACUAUGAUACACUGUAAGUGACUGUAUGUGACAAUAGGCUUGUUGUAUAAUUAACAUAGUUUAAAAUAGUUUAUAAAUUCAUAGAUCAAAUGUAAUUAAAAUUGAACAAUAAAGUUGUAUUAUCUUAA